AUGACCUACUCGCACGAUGACUACAGCAUCGGCUGGAUAUGCGCCCUGCCGCUUGAGAUGGCUGCUGCCAAAGCCAUGCUCGAUAAGCCGCACCCCAGGCUCGCCCAACCCCCACAUGAUCACAACACAUACGCGUUGGGAGAGGUUCUCGGCCACAACGUGGUGAUUGCGUGCCUUCCAUCAGGAGUGGUAGGAACUGCCUCUGCUGCGACUGUUGCGACACAGAUGCUUUCAACGUAUCCUCGUAUUCGCUUUGGGUUGAUGGUCGGUAUCGGUGGCGGGGUACCCAGCGCUGAUAACGAUGUCAGACUCGGCGAUGUGAUAGUGAGCAAUCCUGGAGGAGAGUUUGGCGGAGUCGUACAAUACGACUGUGAGAAGGCUAUAAGGGAGGGCCGGUUACAACGUACUGGUAUGCUGAACAAGCCGCCCAAUGUGGUGCUCACUGCCGUGUCGGAGCUUCAGUCAAAUCACUUGAUGGGGAUGAGCCAGAUUCCGCACUUUUUUCGUGAUAUGCUGGUUAGGUUUCCAGGCAUGACGCGGUUUGGAUACCCGGAUCAUACGGAAGACAUCCUAUUCGAGUCCUCCUACGAGCAUCGAGGUGGUUCCAGGACAUGUCGAGGCUGCGAUCCGAAGAAGGUGAUUUCUAGGGGCGCACGCGUCUCCAAGGAUCCACGGAUUCACUAUGGACUGAUCGCAUCCAGUAACCAGGUGGUCAAGUCAGCCGUUGUACGCGAUAAGCUGGGGGCAGAGCUUGGCGCCCUGUGCUUUGAAAUGGAGGCUGCCGGCUUGAUGGACGGGUUCCCAUGCCUGGUGAUUCGGGGAGUUAGCGACUACGCUGAUUCGCACAAGAACAGUGACUGGCAGGCAUAUGCAGCGGCGGUGGCAGCGGCCUAUGCAAAAGAGCUUCUGUCGUGCGUUUCAGUUGCCCGGACGGAGAAUAUUCCAAACGCUCUUGACGCUGGAAUUGAUAUCAAGUCCCUGGAUCCGAGCGUCGAUGAUGACCGCGAUAAGAUAUACCGACUUUUCCGCAAGUCGCUGCCAGAAGGGAUCCCUGCAAGGGACGAGUCAACAGAAGAGCCCCUCAAAGUGACUAUGCUCAAAGAGAUACUUACGGCCAAGUUCCACGCCCAAGGGCCUUGGGAUAUCUGGCUCGAGCGCUAUGCAGUCGACGGUUAUAACCUGAAUGUGAGCGAUGGCUGGGGCCGUACGCCAUUGCACUACGCUGUUGAAGCCCAGCGGAGUCGAGCCGACAAAGUACGAAAGCUCCUCGAUAAAGGUGCGAACCCGACAAUGCUGGACUAUCAAGGGAACACACCUGUGGAUCUUGCACGACAAUCGGGGGAUAUUGCUGUGCUGACUCUGCUCUUGAGAGCUUGGCUAGCUAUCCAAAGGGACCGUGAGGUCAACAAAACCUAA